AUGUAUUUCGCGUACUUAAUUAAAUUAAUUAUAAAAUUAUUAACAAAUUAUAAAACACAAACAAAAAUGAGUUUAAUAAGAGAUUCUUCAAUUAAAAUUUAUAGAAACUAUGGGAAGUAUUUGAUUCUUGGUUUUGUAAUAUAGUGUCAACUUUGCUUUUUCUUGUGUAUAAUAAAUGAUAUUGAUAUUUCUCCUUCGGGAAUUUAAGAAAUAUAAAAUAAUAGAUCAAUUUCAAGUUUUUUUGUCUGGAUGAGCUCUAAAUUAAUAAGAUUUUUAUUUUUUAAUGGAUUAAUUAUGACUGCUAUCGAGAUAAUAUUAGUUAUUAAAUGGAUAAUUGAAACAUAUCUAAGUUUAAUUAAAUAUACUGUUUAUUUCUUUUUAUUCUGCAUCUUCACAGUAAUAAGCUUGAUAGCAUUUAAAUAUUUAAAUUCUCAACAACAAAUUGAAGGAUCUUAAAUCGAAAAUGAAUAAUCAAUAUGA